AUGCCGCCAGCUGCGACGCUCCCAGGUGGGCAGACCAUCAGGCAGCAAACAAAAGCAAAGGACCGCGCGUCUGCUGACCGCAACGUUGUCAAGGCGGUUCUCUCAAACCCCCUUGCCGUGCCAUGGCCGUCGCUUCCCAACCACCUCCAGACCUCUGUCCUGGCAGCCCUCCCCCAGAUCAUUCCACCUGAAGUCUCCGACUACCAUGUCUCGCGCGCUCGCUGCUCCCGUGCCGUCAAGGUCCGCAGGAAGAAGGAGAAACAUGGCAAAGAAACCACAGUGGCGAUCGAGGAGCCGCCUGCCAAACCCGCUUCCCUCGACCACCUCGUGCUGGGUCUGAACGAGACGAUCAAGGCGCUGGAGCAUGGGAUUGAUGACCUGCGUCUGCGCAUGAUGGUCAUGACCGAUGCACUCGAGGGCGUGACCCAGACUCCAGCCACCACUCGCUUGUUGCCAACCGCUCCUCCUGCCCAACCCGAGGCUGAGACCGAAGCCUCCGCCGCUGCUGAGCCAACCACCCCGGCCUCGCCACUCGCAUUUGUCCUUGUCCCCCACCUCUCAGUCUCCCCCAUGGCACUAAUUGAGCCCCUACCGACCUACUGUGCGACCUACAACACCCUCUUGCGCCAGCACGCCCAGCUCGCCAAGGCUGUUCGCUCUCGUGUGCCUCGUCCAGACCGGUAUAUUCGCCCCGAGGGCCCCGAGAUGCGCGUCGUUCCUCUUGGUGCUCGUGAAGCCGAGAUUGCGGCCACUGUGGGGCUUCGCCGAGUAGCGGCGUUUGCCGUUAGGGCCUCCCAUCCCGCACUCGACGUGCUGGAACGGCUCCUUCCCCAGUCGAUCCUCGUGCCCCCACGUCACUCCAUCACCCUCCCCUUUCCCACCACAACCCUGCGCGUGCAUGACGGAGACGCAGCAGCAGCCCCCAAGCCCAAGACCGCAGCUCCGCUGCCCCCUAUCAACUAUUCGGCACUGCACAUCAAGGCUGUCCACACCACCGCCCCCCUGGACACCAACGGACGCAAGGCGAAGCGUAUGGCGGAGGUGCGCACCAAGCGUAUCCAGAAGAGGGACCACAGGCGCAAGGAGCGUGAAGUGCAGGAGCGCGCGUUUGGCAAGGAGCUCAAGGGCCGCAAGGGCAAGCCUGGAGCUCGUGCCGAGAGGAUCGCAGCCAAGAAGGCGCAGGUCAUGGAUGUGGACGCAUGA